AUGGCGGACAGUGAGCCCCAGGCCCGCUCGCCUUCACAGACAUCCUCUUCCUCCUCCCGCCCUGGCCACAAAGCAAAGACCGUCCGUGCCUUAUCCCAGAAACGCCAUUCGACUUCGUCUAAUACGACAUCCGAUCUGACUUCGUUCCCGUCACUCUCGCCCGAUAAUUCGCCGGAGGGGUUCAUCGGUGAGCCUGCGCUGAAUCGCUCGCUGGCUAAUGCAUUGGCUGACGGUAGUGCUGCGGCAGAUAAUGGUGGUGGUAGGGGGAAUGAUAUUGGACGGACACGGAAUCGAAAAGCUACGCUGGCUAAAUUGACGAGUGAAUCGCCUGCGUCGUCUGGUCGCGUGGCGUUGUUUGAUGAUUCGGUUGCGUUGAAUACUGAUGUCCCUGGUGCGUUGCAUUUGGCUGAUGAUGCGCACAUCGAGAGGUUGGUGGCGAGUAAUGGGGCUGUGAAGCUGGUAAGACAGUUUGCGCGUGAUUUAGCAUUACGGGAUGCGGAGAUUUCACGGCUGCGUCUGCGUGCUGAUAAACGGGAACGGGAGUUGAAGAGGAUGUUAAGGGAGGUUUCGGUGUCGAAUCAGGAUAUUGAGCGGAGGUUGUAUGUGCUUGAUCAUCGAGACGAUACAACAAAUGGAAGGGCCAGCGGGAGUCACGCCGACCAGGGGGGUACGAAUGGGAUCGAUGGGUUGAUGCAGCAGGCUAUGAAGGAUGAUGUUGGAUCGGAGAUGCACGAGGAGGUCAAUGGGCCGGCUACCGUUCGUCCACAGCAUUUCGACAAUGAUGCAAAGUCGGGUGCAUCGAGCGAGUCAGGGAUAAAUCGAAAACGGCAAAGUGGUCGUGGCUGGCAGGAUUUUAUCUUUGGGAAUACCACUGGGAGUCGGAAGACCUCUCGCGCUAGCAGUGUUAUGAGCGAUGUGGGGGACGUUGACGAGACAAACAAGCCGGUCCGUCGCAAGACGUUUGAUGAACAAUUGUCUAGCGAGCAGGCAGGAAAACCCGCCGGAGACGACUCGAGCACCCAUUCGCGAAAAUCCUCCAAUUCCCUGUCAUCAUGGGCCGCCAAAUUACUGGUCGGAAAUAGUCAGGGCAAAGGAGAUUCUACUGAGGUUGGUCGCAAAACACCUUCUGGGGAGCAGCCCAGAAACAGAGCUGUUUCGUCUGCCAAUGCACCAAAAGGAGGAAUGACGGCGGUGGCUGCCUUGAAACGAAUCAAUAGCAAUGCCCCUGGUGCUCCUGGUAAACCCAGUGUAUCGGGCAGAGUCAAUGCUCAAACCCCGCGGAGGGCAGCACCAAGUGUUUCUCAGGGAAACGCUGAUACGGCCGAUCGAACUUCGAACAAUCUGGGUCCGGUGGAGAUGGAUGCUAUUCUUCCAAUAGAAUCUCGACCUCCUACUCUGACGCACACAUAUAACAAUUACCAGCCGGGGGAUUUGCUCACCGAUAGAUUUGGAUUCAUCUACGAUCAACGGCGGAAGAAGAGACAAAGGGAGGCCAGGAGCAGUGACAGCCGCUUGAGUAUUACCGAAACAUUGAAUGGCGUCCGAAGCGAUUCUGAUGGUGACGAGACACCUGCAAGCCCUGAGCGCCCGCUUUCCUCUCCAUCCCCUGAGGAUCCGGAUUCCGGUACGGUUCAGGUCCGGAAAUGGCAGGAUUACUUGAGAAUUCCAUCAAAGCCGACGGAGCUGCUGUCUCAUACGCCAUCGGCUGGCCCUAUUGUCGCGUUGACUACUGGCGAGGAGAGCCAGCCACGCAAUGCUCCCUUCUCUGUGGACAAGAGUGGCUCUGUGUCGGUCAAUCCUGUUCGGCAGCCAUCCGCAUCUACCUCUACGGUGGUAGCAGACCGUCCAGAGUUCGCAGGGACAUCUGCUGAUGAACCAUUCGCCGCAACCGUGGGGAUGGCUAUAAGCAGCGAGCAGGAGCCGGUCCGCUUACUUCUCGACCAGUUGACAGACCUCCAUGAUUCGCUCCAGCGGGAUAGAACUGUCCGAUGGAACGAGUUCCUGCGAAAAGUGCGAGCGGAGCGGAAGAAAGAAGGCGAAGCAGCGGCCGCCGCAGCGGCAGCUGCAGACCGACCAUUACAGUCAAUUGACACGCCUGAAGCAUCCCUGGCAGAUGGAGAGGUCAUUGGGAUUGCUGGCCUAGGAAAUAAAGGCAAGGUCGGCCGUGCCAAGUGGAAGGAGUUCCGAUCUCUUGUCCUGGGCGGUAUACCGGUUUCUCUCCGCGCGAAAGUCUGGUCUGAAUGCAGCGGUGCGUCUGCCAUGCGAAUACCGGGUUACUAUGAUGAUCUGGUGACUGGAGCUGGAGGCAGUGAUCCCGAUCCGUCUGUUGUAGCACAGAUCGACAUGGAUAUUUACCGCACGUUGACUGAUAAUGUGUUUUUCCGGAUGGGGCCUGGCGUUGGCAAGUUGAGGGAUGUGUUGCUGGCAUACUCGCGUCGGAAUCCGGAGGUCGGUUAUUGUCAGGGCAUGAAUUUGAUUGCGGCGUCGCUGCUUCUGAUUACCCCGACUGCGGAGGAUGCGUUUUGGAUUCUUGUCUCAAUGAUCGAGGUUAUUCUUCCGCAGCACUACUACGACCAUGGAUUGUUGGCCUCGCGUGCGGAUCAGGUCGUGCUGCGGCAGUACAUAACUGAAGUUCUGCCGAAGUUAUCGGCACACCUCGACGAUUUGGGGAUCGAGCUUGAAGCUCUGACGUUCCAAUGGUUCCUAUCCGUCUUCACCGAUUGUCUUUCCGCAGAAGCCCUCUACCGAGUCUGGGACGUCGUCCUCUGCCUCGACGCCAGUGCAGUCGCCAACAACCCAACCUCCACAACCCAAGAAAACGACCCCAGCACCAACACUGCCAAAACAAUUGCGUCCGGCAGCGGCGGCGGCAGCACAUUCUUAUUCCAAGUUGCUCUGGCCCUGCUCAAGUUGAACGAGCAGCAGCUGUUGACGACGUGCUUGACACCUGCCGCGCUAUAUACGUACAUCAAUCACCAGAUGACAAAUCAUGCGAUUAGCAUCGAUGGAUUGAUUCAUGCCAGUGAAGCGUUGAGAAAUGUCGUUCGACGGGAGGAUGUGGUGGACAGGAGGACGGAGGCGCUGAGGGAGAUGAGGGAGUUCAACUAG